CGCGCGUGUCGCAGGGAGGUGCUUCCUUUUCUUCUUCCUCUUCCUCCUAAAGCUCGUCCUGCGUCGUUUUUCGAUCGUCGAAGGACGCCGGUGGCUGUCGUUGCAUCCGAAAACGAGAAGAAGAAAAGGUGCCGGAGAAAAGGGAGGCCGACGUGAAAGCUUUCCUGCCGGGUUGGUCAGAGAGAGAGAGAGAGAGAGAGAGAGAAAGGGGGAUGAAAUAGAAGGGCUCGGGAGAGGGAGACCGGUAAACCGAGAAACGGAGAUGGGCGAGAGAGAAAUAGACAAGUAACGAGGAAUAACGAGAAGCACAGAAACGGAAGGAAGCUGCACGGGAGGGGUGGAGAUGUGUUGAAGUGUGUUCUGUGUAUAUAUGGUGCAGUGCGGUGCUGUGCUCGAGAGAGAGAGAAUGGCGUGGUCGGAUUUCGCGUGCACCUUGCCGUGACGUCGAAAGUCGGCAGUGAAGGAGUCGGGUUCUCAGCCGAGGAAUGGAGGGUACGUGGCAGUGGGAGCAGCGAAAGCACUGCCAUAUCAUUCUGCUCAACCUCUUCUCGUACGUGAAGGAGAACCCGGAACAGGCGGCAGAUGAACGAAUGCGCCUGCAAGAAAGCAACAGCCUGAAGAGGAGUCGCGUGCCGGGUCUGUAGCGCUCGGUAAAGAAAGAAAGGGCCCCCCGAGCAUCGUCAGAGAGAAAAAGGGGUCGUCAUGGGCCCGGCACACCAAAUGGUACCCCACUGAGCGAUGCAAGUAGUUAGGGCCGGGGCCCUGCUAGUGAGCAUGUGGCUCACUAGAGAAUGAAGAAGCAAAACGUCCGGACCAUAUCGUUGAUCGUCUUCACGUUCACCUACCUCCUCGUCGGCGCUGCAAUCUUCGACGUUCUCGAGUCCGAGACGGAGAAACGACGCAAGGAAGCAUUGGACGCCAUUGAAAAGAUGGUAAUACGCAAGUACAAUAUAAGCGAGGACGACUUCAAGAUCAUGGAAACAGUGGUGCUGAAGACGGAACCUCAUAAAGCCGGUCAACAGUGGAAAUUCGCCGGAGCGUUUUACUAUGCGACCACGGUCCUCACCACUAUUGGUUACGGACAUUCAACGCCAAACACCAUAAGCGGAAAGCUGUUCACGAUGUUCUACGCGAUCGUCGGCAUCCCGUUAGGACUCGUAAUGUUCCAGAGCAUAGGAGAGCGUUUGAAUAAAUUCUCAUCCGUCGUAAUACGGAACGUAAAGAAGCUUCUUAACUGUAAGGAUGUCCAGGCCUCAGAAAUAAAUCUUAUCUGCGUGGUGACGACCUUAUCUUGCUUAACAAUUGCGGGAGGUGCCGCAGCGUUCUCUAGGUACGAAGGGUGGUCAUAUUUCGAUUCCAUCUACUAUUGUUUCAUCACCCUGACGACCAUCGGUUUCGGCGACAUGGUGGCGUUGCAAAAGGACAACGCUUUGGACAACAAGCCCGAAUACGUGAUGUUCGCACUGAUAUUCAUCCUGUUCGGCUUGGCCAUCGUUGCAGCCUCCCUCAAUUUAUUGGUGCUGAGAUUUGUCACUAUGAACACCGAGGACGAAAGGCGAGACGAGGCUGAAGCUCUUCAGGCUGCGCAAGGAGCGGUGCGCCUGGAGGGCGACGUGAUAACGGCGAACGGCUCGAUAUUAUCGGGGCAAGUGGGCAACCACGGUGACACGAUAUCGUUGGACGACGAGACGUCGGUUUGCAGCUGCCGCUGCAGCGGCUUCCAGAAGAAACGACGGAGACCACGGUUCACGGUCCGUCGCUCGCCCGGUAAGAUCUCGCACCUGCUGCCGAUGCAGCAGCUGCCCACGUUGAAUAUGCGCAGUGAACUACGCCCGCCGCCGUUGACGCCGUUGCUGCAACUGGCACCGUUGCAUCAACAUCGUGCCAGCAUCUGACGAUCGUCGACCGCCGUCGGAACGCUGCUGCAACAACAACUGCCGCGACGAGUGUCCAUCUGAGCCUCUUUUCUUUAGAAAACAGAGCGUGCAUGGAAAGAG